GUCAAAUAUCAUGUGACUUUUGUUUACUAACACAAAGACGCCCCAAAAAAGAAGAAAGGCACGUAUUAGAAUAUUUGCAUAUAGUUACUUUUUUUAACUGCAAUAAAUUAAUUGGCCAGAUCAACAGGCAUGUCACUGAAGUAACAAAAAAAAAUUGAGGAAAAAGGUGCGACGUCUUGAAGCAUUUUACAACCAUCAGUAUAGUGCAAAUAUUUCAUACAAAAACAUUGGAACUGAGAUAUACUAUUGUAUGAAGAGUGAUAAUUAUGCCAUGGCAACCACUUUUUGUUUAUCACUUUGGUGAGGGGGCUAACAUAACCAACAACAGCUGCAGCGAUGGUGUACAGUGGAUUUAUAAAAUCUUUAAUGACUGUGUAUCGGGUGAACGCGGCAUUGCCUCGGAGGUGCUGGGCCUUGCCUCUAUACUAACAUGGAUGGUUGUUUCUGUACCUCAGAUGAUCAAGAACUUUCGUAACAUACGAGGGAUAGAAGGAAUAUCACUGAUGUUGAUUUUGAUGUGGACACUCGGAGAUACAGCAAACCUUGUUGGUGGUAUACUUACUAAACAACUUCCACUCCAGAUUUAUCUUGCCAUAUAUUUCGUAUUUGCUGAUCUGGUGCUAUUUGCUCAAUUCUUAUACUACAAUCUAUACUGGAAGAAUAAAUAUAAAGAUUAUGAACCAAUACAGUCCAGUAUACAAACUUCAGGGGUACCUCAGGUCGUUCUGUGUAUAUCAGGAGCUUUGUUGUUGUGUAUACAUAAAUCUUUACAAGUUGUAGAUCUUACGUCUACUAGAAUUAUACGUCAUCCUGCCGGUAGAUCUCUCAUGUCACAUGAUCUUCAGUAUCAUAUACACAUAUUUAAUAAUAUAGAAGAUGAAGUGGGUUAUGGUAUAGGUAUAGUAUCUAGUGUGUUCUAUACGUUCUCAAGAUUAGGACAGAUGUGGAAAAAUUAUAAGAGGAAGUCUACAGAUGGUUUAUCAGUUAUGAUGUUUAUUCUAGCUGUAUUAGGAAAUCUUACAUAUGGACUGUCAAUAUUGGUGCGUAAACCAGAUACUAACUACGUUGACUACGUUCUGAAGCAUUUGCCUUGGUUGAUCGGAAGUCUUGGAGUGAUCUUCCUUGAUAGUUCUCUGCUAGUCCAGUUUAAGUAUUAUGGAGAAAAAGAUGACCUCGAUACUCUACUUACAAAGACUGUUCCCGAUAAUAAAGACACAGAUACGGAAAUAUAUGUGAAUGGUCAACGUGAACGAGUCGGAACUAUCAAUUAAUAAAUUGAUAAUUAUACUCUGUGUUUGAUGAUCAAAAAGAAGGUAUAGAAUCUAGGAAUAGGAUAGUGUAUUUCAUGGUUCACUUUGGAUAAAACUGUUCCUUAAACUCGUCAUAAUAUUCUGUUCAGAUGUGGCAGUUUAUUCCAAGUCACAUGAUGACAGAGGAAUUUGUUAUUUGUAUAUGACUGUAAAUUCAUGCACUGAAUGAGAUGUCAUGCUUAGCUGACAGAGAUGGCAUUGUGAACAAAUUCAUCAACAACAUAGCCAUAGAUGUGAUGUAUAUGUAAAAUCAAACCUUAUGUAAUGACUAUAUAUUUGUCGUAGUCCAAACUGGAAUCUAGGCAGAUCUGGAAUCAGCCUAGACCAAACUAGAAUUCUAGUUUUGCCUAGACCAAACUAGAAUUCCAGUUUGGUUUAGAUUGAUUCCAGAUCUGCUUAGACCAAGCUAGAAUUCCAGUUUGGUUUAGAUUGAUUCCAGAUCUGCUUAGACCAAACUAGAAUUCCAGUUUGGUUUAGAUUGAUUCCAGAUCUGCUUAGACCAAACUAGAAUUCUAGUUUGGCUAGACUGAUUCCGGAUCUGCCUAGGUCAAACUGGAAUCUUCUUGUAGAUAGAUAAUUAUCCAUAAGUUCACUGAAUUUUUCUUCUUAUUUUGACAUUUUGUAGCCAAUAACACUCGCAAACUUGUAUUACAUCAUAAAUUGAACAUACAAUUUAUGCAAUGUUAUGUGAGCUUAAAAGUAUACAUGGGCAAUAUAUAUAUAUGGUUAUAUCUUUAUUUACUUUUAAAGCCUUAAUUGGUAAUUAUUUAUUUUACUUAACCAAUUAAGGCAUUUAUAUUUAUCUCUUGUUCUUUUCAUAGCUAUGUCUUUAACAUUCAUACUUAAAUCAGGUAAUCUUCAAAAGGAAUUGAUAACAGUUUUUUAGGGGUAAAUAUUUGGUUAUAUUAUAUUACUUUGGGACAUGUUUUAAAAAUACAAUUAAGUAUUCCUUGUAAAUAGAGUUGUUUCCUUACCAGUAUUCUUCAAUGCUUUAAUGCAAAAAAUAUAAACCAGAAUAUCGACUUUCAUCUAUUACAAUUCUUUUGUUUUUAAGUUCAUAACAAAUACUCCAGUUUGGCCUAGGCAGAUCCAGAAUCGGUCUAGCCAGGAUCUGCCUAGAUUCCAGUUUGGACUUCGACAUAUUCAUGACCAAAGUUGUUACAAAAUUUGUUGUAUUUUAUUUAUUCAAGGACAAUAUAAUAUACAGUUAUUGACUUAUGUUGAGGUCAGUAUCAUUUUUACAGGUCCGUAAAAACACAUAUUAACCAAAACAUAAGUAUAUAAUUGUUAUGUUAGAUCUAUAUACUCUUCUCAAAUGCACUCAUUUGACUGGCUCAUAUUUCAUACAUAUAAGAAAAAGUGAUAUCACAAGAGUCAUCAAUUUUACGGGUCAAUAUCGCUUUUUGCAGACCCACACGUGCACCCCUUUUGACCAAUCAAAUGAGCGCAUUUGAGAAGGGUAUAAUAUUGAGCCAUGCCAUGAGAAAACCAACAUAGUGGCUUUGCGACCAGCAUGGAUCCAGACCAGCCUGCGCAUCCGCGCAGUCUGGUCAGGAUCCAUGCUGUUCGCUAACAGUUUCUCUAAUUCCAAUAGGCUUUGAAAGCGAACAGCAUGGAUCCUGACCAGACUGCGAGGAUGCGCAGGCUGGUCCGGAUCCAUGCUGGUCGCACAGCCACUAUGUUGGUUUUCUCAUGACACGGCUCAUAUAAUAUUUGAUAUUAUAAAGCAACAGUUUUUGAUUAUUAAGCAGCUUUUACUGCAAAGAAAAGUGGUAUAAAAUGUGUAUACAGUGUAUGAUAAAGUGUUCUGUACCAAAGCUAAGUAAUGUAAUAAUAAUGGUCAGUAAAAAUGAUCUAAAAGUCCUGCUAGGUUUAUAGAUUUAUUUUUAGAACUGUUUGAUACAACAAAAGGUCAAUGUUUUAAAGAAACUAAAUUUAUAUUGUAUGAAAGCUCUCAAACAGAGGCAGAAUGAAAUAAAUUAUCUAACUUAAUUUAACAAAAUUACUGUAUAAUUAAUUUUUUUUACUGACAGAGAAAAUAUUGUUAUUUUGAUAAAAAUAUAUAUCCACUCUCACUGUAUGCAUAAUUAUGUUUUAAGUGUAUAUGAUACAAUGGUUUUCAUCUGUACACAUACAUACACAUUGUAAUUUGUUAAAAUGAUGAUAAACUGUUAUGUUAAAGUCUAUAUAUGUGUAACGGUAACUGAAUUUCUGUUCUGUUCUGUAAAAAAAACAUGAGUAUUUGGUCCAUUGUGAACAUAAUAGGUUUUUAAGUCUAUGUCGUGUCACAGUUUGUACUUUGUUCAUGCAGUCAUGUCCCGUCUUUGAACUAGUCAUAUCAUUGUAUGUGUAUGAUAUACCUUGUCAUGUUAGAACUAGUAUCUUCUGUCGCAGUACAUGUAUAUAUGUAUGUAUAAUGGCUAAUAUUUUAUCCACCAUUUCCAUUAGAAUGGGUUUUUUUUUUUCUUGAAAUGUAUUGUUCAUGUUAAUAUAACUCUAAAGAACUCAAAGGGGGGUAAUAAGAAAUUUUUUUAUAAUAUCUUGAUUUGUUUAGUCUUAACCCUUAUCCUGCUAAAUUUCUAUAAUGGACUUGUCCAUCGUUCAUUUUGGACAGUGCCAUUAACUUCUAACAGGGGUGCAUACCUAACUGAUUGAAUGGCAAACAGUGCAGAUCAUGAUCAGACUUCAUGGAUGUGCAGGCUAAUCAUGAUCUACAGUAGUGACAAAGGCAGAAUCAGUAGAGUCCAGCAUGAUAAGGGUUAAACAUUUGAUAGGGUAUUUCUGGCUUAAGAUCUUCAGCGCUCUCGGUUUAUAUACUGGAUUUAAAGCCGCAACUAUGAAAAAAAAAAAUAUAAAAAAGCGGCAUUUAGAGUUUUAGAAGCCAGGACUAGGGUAUUUCAGCCAUUUUUGACAGGAACAAAGAAAAAUUCCAGUUUUAGAUUUGUUUGUUGAUGGAAUAUUAAAAGACUUUAAGGUUGUCUUAGUAAGGAUUAAAGCAACAGAUCUGUUUGACUUUUUACAAAUUUUCAAAGGAUUACAUAUCAGAUAUUUUGUGGGCCACUGGAGCAAUUAAAUUCAACUCAUUUUUGGAUUGUACAAUGAAGUGUUAUUUAAUGUUGAACAUUUUGUUAUAUUUCAGUUUUUUAUAAGAUAUCUUAUAUGACUUGGAUAUUUUGUUUGUAGUAACUGUUUCAUGUAAAUGAUGAUAGAGAGUGGGAAUGUGCAUAUUUGUGUGGAUGUGCGUACAUGUUUCAGUUAGCAUCUGAGGUGUGAAAGUCAGAACAUUGUGAUUUUAGCAGAAUUUUGCUGUUUACAUAUAAAUAAUGAAUAUUCAUGUUAAAUAUAAAUCUGAUAAAACAUACAGAUAUACUUGAAGUAUGUAAAUCAAAUGAUUUUUUUUGAUUUCCAGACUAGUUUCAUUAGCAGUAUGUUAGUGUUGUAUAACGCAUAUGAGUUGUUUUCUUUUUAAUCUUAGGCAUGUUUUGAAAUCUUAGCAAAUAUGAAACAUGUACAAAAAAAAUGCCUUAACUCUUUUUUCUUUUCUCUAUUUUUGUUUCAUGUAAGAAACUUACCAGUUUUUUCAGCUAGUACUAGUAAAAUUCUAGAAACCUUUUAGCACACCUAUAAUGUCUGCAUUUGUUUGGCAAAUUACUAAAUUGUAGAUCAGACUUAGUAAGAGUUUUUCUGAUGAAUUAAUUAAAUGCUUAUUUCAUAUUACCGAAAUAUAAAUGUUUGAAACCUCACAAUACUAGGUUUAGAUUUAUUUCAUAGAUGUUUUCAGUUUCAUUGUUCUAAUAUUUUGCUGUCCUGACAUUUUCUAUUUAGUAUGAUGAUUUUAUAACAUUAUCUUAACCUUUUAACCAUAAGAUAUUAAUGAAAAUGAUUUUAUAUAAAAUGGUGAUUAAGAAUUGUGCAAUGAUGAUAUGUAAAUUUAUGUAAAAUUUUAUUAAUAUCAGGUACCUUGAUAUUCACAUAUAUAUCCUGAUGGCAUAUUUCUUGAUUCAGAAUACCUCAAAUCACAA